GUCAAGUAGUGGGUCGGGUGCCUUCGGUUGCCGGGAGCGGCACGCAAGCCGCGGACGGGAAGACCCGGGUGCCCAGGGCGCCGCGAUGCCGGUUUGUCAGUUCUUCCUUCAAGGCCGGUGCCGCUUCGGAGACCGCUGCUGGAACGAACAUCCCGGCGCCCGGGGCGUGCCCGGGACCCGGCAGCCGCCGCCGCAGCAGUCAGGUAAUAACAGGCGAGGGUGGAAUGCCACCAGCCAGAGAUAUUCCAGUGUUAUCCAGCCCUCUAGUUUCUCCAAGUCCACACCAUGGGGUGGCAGCAGAGAUCAAGACAAAUCAUCUUUCCAUGCUGGGGCUUCCACUAACAGUGGCUUUGGAUUGUCGCAGAACCCUUUUGCUUCACCUAGCUCUGAUGAGCAGAAGGAUGAAAAGAAACUUCUGGAAGGAAUUGUUAAAGAUAUGGAAGUUUGGGAAUCAUCAGGGCAAUGGAUGUUUUCUGUUUACUCACCAGUGAAAAAGAAACCUAAUAUUUCAGGUUUUACAGACAUUUCACCAGAAGAGUUGAGGCUUGAAUACCAUAACUUCUUAACCAGCAAUAACUUACAGAGUUAUCUAAACUCUGUUCAACAGUUAAUAAGUCAAUGGAAGAAUAGGAUAAAUGAACUGAAAAAUCUCAACAUGUCAACCAAAGUAGCUUUGCUCUCUUAUGUGAAGGAUGGAGUGAAUCACAUAACACCUACGUUUGGAUUUGGAAGUAAGCAAGCAGGGACAUUUGGGUCACCAGCUUUUCCAGUGAAUAACAGCAGCAGUGAUAACGUUCAGAAUUUUAGUUUUAAAACAAGCUCUGGGUUUGCCGCCGCUCCUUCUGGAAGUGCUUCUGUGUUUGGGAGUCGCCCAGCCUUUGGAGCUGGUCCCUCUUCUAACAUCUCUACCACCGCUCCAGCCUUCGGAUUUGGAAAACCCGAAGCUGCAUCUGCUGCUUUGUUUUCAUUUAAGAGCCCUGAAGCUUCCAGUUUUGGAUCUCCUGGGUUUUCAGGAUUUCCGGCUUCCUUGGCAGCAAGCCCUUUCGGACCUCCAGUAGCCCCAGCCUUCGGAAGCCACAGUUCUGCAGCUGGUUUUGGUAGUCCUGGCUCACAUUCUCAAACUACGUUUCCCAAGCCAUCAAAUGAUAUGUUUGGAGGUAACAGCAUGUCCACCUCUUUUCCAGUCUCAAAUGCCACCAUCACUACAGAUAAUGUACUGUUCACACCGAAGGAUCAGCUGACAGAAGGGGAACUAGAACAGUUUCAGUCCAAGAAAUUUACUUUGGGGAAAAUUCCAUUAAAGCCACCACCUAUGGAGCUUCUGAGUAUAUAAGAAGGUGGUUUAAAGACAAAAAAGACUGGCUCUAGCCAGGCGUGUGGUGCAUACUUAUGAUUUAAGAGAUUGAACAGGAGGAAUGCCACAAAUUCAAGACCAGCCUGGAUUACAUUAUAACAAUUAUCAGGGCUACAGAUGAGACCUUCAAAAAAAGAAAAAUUUGAGAUUUUUUUUAGAGAUUUUUUUUUUUUGUAGUGCUAAGGAUCUCACCAGAGCUUUACAUAUGCAAGCAGGGACUCUGCUUCUGAGCCAUACUCCCUCUCUAAAUAUAGCCUUUGAAGUUGUCUUGAAUGGUUCAUAAGAAAAAACAAAUGCAUGUGCACAUAUAUGUACAUAUAUUUAAGAGGCAUAUAAGCUUUCAAUAAUUUGGGGAAUUUUAAAGUUUACCUCUUUUUUUCUUAAGCCCAGCUAAAUAAAAUAUAAUCAAAAAGACUCAAAAAGCAAGGGAAACUUUUUAUACUGUAAUUUUGAUUGGAACUAAAAAUACUGUGUAUGGAAUAAAAUAAAUUUCUCAUUCUAUCCCAC